UGGCUGCCUCCUUGUACGACUCGGACGUAUGUUAGCUAAGCCUUGAUCCCUUUCCCUGGAUGAAAUGCUGACGUACUUAGGUAAUAGAUGUGGUGUAGAUAUGUAAGUAACCACGAUGAUAAGGAAUAUGUCCAUUUUGAGUGGAAAGGGCGCGACAGCGACGUCAUGCUUCCACAAGAUUUGCUGUCUCUGCCUUGCCCAUCUGGGCAGGAGUCUCCCCUCACUCUUCCCACCCAGUGGGAUUAGACAUCUGCAUCAUUUGACCAACCAUCAUAGAGCUUUUGGCAGACAGCAGGUCCUUCUGUCAUCAUCACCACCGACUCAACCUCACCUUUCAAUGAGCACUUCCUCCAAAGGGGGAAGCUCGGACACUGCACAGAGCGCACCGGGGAAGUCCGAGGACCGGGGGCCACCACCGGCCCCCCCUACCUGCUGCUGCAUGAGCGGCUGCCACAACUGCGUGUGGAUCGAGCACGCGGAGGAGCUUCUCAAGUACUACCAUGACGGAGGCGACAAGGCCUUGGCGGCCAUCGAGGAGAACAUUCAGGACGAGAACCUCAAGACCUACCUGAGAAUGGAAAUCAGGCUACUGAAGAAAUUUUGACCUGUGUGAGUGUGCCUGACGUGUUGUGUGUGUGGGUGUGUGUGUGUGUGGUUGAGUGUUUCAGUGUUUGUGCCUGUUACAUAACAUGCAAGCAUGAAGGUGGACUGUAGCAGGCAUUUGACUUUUUUUUUUAUUUGGUCAGUCACUGAUGGGUGAGAGAGUCUGGAGAGGAAUGCCUUUACAACAGCACUUUAUCACGGCAGUCAACUUUAUAUUAUCAACAGCCCUGUGGUUUAGACACGGACAGUGAAAUUGACAUAGUUCACCCAAUUCAAGUGAAGUAUGUGAAGAUAACAUUUACUGUACCAGCUGUACUGGUAAUUAGUUUGAAGAAGCCAAUAGUCGCACAUUAGUUUCAAUAUGAAUAUCUCUUGGUGUUUAUGUGUUAUAUCAUCAACAAAACAAUUUCAAGAUUGUUACCUUUGCACACUGAAUAGUGCUUUCUGUUAUUUAUCAUUUAGUGUGGAGCCUUUGUGAGCACCAUGGAAGGAUUUUAUUUAAACAUGAGGAUUAAGCAGAGCUAGGAUUUCUCUUUAGAGAAAGAGUCCUCAAAAGAACUGGGCCCCACUCCAUGAUAAGAAUAAUGACCACUCCCAAGUUGCGAUACUUCAUUUCUUAAAAAUCUUCAAAUGUGUUAUCUUACAGUCAGUGACCCUCAAAUUGUAUUAAACAUGAUUUUGAGUAAUGCUAGUAUGCAGGCUAUACUUGCUACAGUCUGUAUAGCUGACAUUACUUGUGUGGUGUGCCUACAUCUCAGAGACUGGGAUGUGAAAUGUCUGAUGUUGCAAUGUUUUAAAUGAAAAGUUAAACUAUUUCAUACUUUUCAAAUGGAACUUUUCCCUCAAUGUGCUGUGACAUGGAGAAUUCCAUAGUGACGGACCGCUCACCCUCUUAGAACUUGAAAUACAAUGCGCACAAAUUGUUAUUAUUUUAUGUAUAUGGAAAUGGAAUCACUAUUUAUAUGUAUGUCUUAACUUGUAUCCUCUGAAGUGAGAAAUUUUGUCAGCAAAGAUAGCCAAAUAAACCCUCU